AUGACGUCAACACCAUCUGCCUUUGCCACAGCUGUUGCCGCAUCAACCACGGAACCGCAACCGCUCCAAUUGGAGACAGUAACCUUGGGUACAAUGCCUGAGAAAGUGACGCAACCGCCAAGGGAGCUGCUGCCUUCUGCGACCGAGGAGAAGGUAACGUCCGCCAUUACGUGUACUGCUGGAGAAGGCUUAACGAGUAAGCAAAGAUCCCAAGAGGAGCUCGCUCUAGCUCCAACAUCAUUGCUGCUCACGACGGCCACCAUCGAUUCCGUCUCCGCAGCUUUCCUACUAGCUGCCGCUACCGCAUCUACUGUCGCAACACCAUCAUCUAUCAUUGCCAUCAUCACAGGUCACGGAGCCACCGACGACGAAUGGGGCCGCAACAAGACCACCGACAAUGAUGGCAGCUCUGGUGGGGAAGAGGCUGAAGUAGAAGGGGGAAUAAUGCAACUCAAAUUGCUUAUGGGAGGAGGCUACGUAUUGCAUGAGGUGCAUGGAGGUGGAAUGAAGGGAGGGCAUGGAAAUUCCUUUUUCCAUGAUCUCAUACGCGACAUGGCUGAAGGCAUGCAUGGGCAAGUUCAUUUUAUACAUGGGAAGUUAAGAUGGGAAGAUGGUAAUUGGCCCACGCCGGUGACGCAAGAAGGAGAUGUGAAAGUUGACGAUGGAUUCUUCCAAGUGCCCGGGCGUAAUUGGAAGUUCCGUAAACGAGGGCGGCAUCAACAAACGUCAAUUCUCUUUGCUAUCGUUAACAACUUCUUCAUCGAUCCAGGUUGA